AUGGAAGUAGAAGAUCAAGAACCUGAUCACAAGGUCAUCACUAGUAGUCCUCCCUCUUCAUCUCCAUCUCCAUCUCCAUCUUCAUCUUCAUCAAGAUGGAACCCUACAAAGGAACAAAUAACCAUUCUUGAAGGCCUAUACAAGCAAGGCAUUAGAACACCAACUGCAGAACAAAUACAACAAAUCACAUCAAGGUUGAAGCAAUAUGGCUGCAUUGAGGGCAAGAAUGUCUUUUACUGGUUCCAAAACCACAAAGCCAGACAAAGACAAAAGCAAAGACAAGAAACCUUUGCUUACUUCACCACCCUCCUUCAUCCUCCUCCUCCUCCUCCUCCAUACAACACUGUUGGUAGUAUUGGUUUCUAUGAACAACCAUUGCAUCAGUGCCAAAACUCAAUGUGUUCAAGUGGAAAUGUGAGGAUGGAGAUGAAGAAAGCAGCUGCCAUUAAUGGAUUCAGUGCUGCUUCUGAUCAUUACCAAACUCUUGAGUUGUUUCCAUUGCAUCCAACUGGAAUUCUUGAAGACAAAUGUGCAAGUUCUAAUGAGAGUUUGGGUGAUUGAGAUGAAGUGAUUGGUUGUGAGAAUAUGACUUUGUUUAACUUCUUUGGCUCUCAAAGGUUGUGCUGAAAGUAUGAAGUGAGAUCUUUCUUUUUCUUUUUCUUUUGUUUUUUGUUUUGGUCU